AUGGCGGGCUCAAGACAAUGCCCAAUUGUCAUCGUGGGGGCCGGGGCCUUCGGCCUCUCCACUGCCUUGCAUCUCAUACAGGAUGGGUACACCAACAUCACCGUGUUUGAUCGGGGUGAUGAGGUGCCCUCACCAUACUCAGCAGCAAAUGACCUUAACAAGAUUAUGCGACCCGAGUAUGAAGAUCCUUUCUAUACAAAUCUAGCUAUCGAAGCCAUGGCAGCCUGGAAAACGCCCCUAUUUGCACCGUAUUUCCAUAGAACAGGUUUCCUGCAUUGUGUCUCCGGCAAGGCUGAACAAAGAGCCAAGGACACUUUGCAAAGAUUUCGAAAGGCCGCAGAAAGCCACCCUAUUUUGAGCAAGUUUGUCGUGCCACUUAGUUCAAGAAGCGACAUCCAGGAGCAGGCUUGGCAAUUGGAUGGCGACCUCCCUGGCUGGCAUGGUUACUUCAAUCGAUUCGAUGGGUACACUCACUCCGCCGACGCGCUGAGGGGAAUAUACAGAGUCCUCCAGGGCUGUGGCGUCAGAUUUUUCCUUGGGGAGUCCGUUGGCACUGUCAACUCCAUCGUGUACGAGCAAAGCCCAAAUGGCAAGAGGACUAAGGGUGUCACGACCAAGGAUGGCAAGAUACACGCAGCCGAAUUAGUCAUUAUCGCCACCGGCGCAAAAGCUGCGAGUCUGGUCCCCGAGGUCGGCACAACCGUCGAAGCCAAGUCCUGGUCCGUCGCUCACAUCCAGCUUACGGACGAAGAGACGUCGGCCCUGCGUGGCAUCCCCAUUGUCUACGCCAGAGAUUUAGGCUUCUAUUUUGAGCCAGACCCUAAGACCAACCUUCUCAAGCUCUGCCCCAUGGGUGGCGGUUAUAUCAACACCAACAAGGAAACGGGUAUAUCCCUCCCCCCAGAACCGAUAAAUGCUAGUGUCGGCUUCCCCCCCAAGGAGGAUGAGGCUAAGCUGAGGGAACUCCUUCGCCAUACUCUGCCAGCGCUGGCGGACCGGCCAUUUGUGAAGAAAUCGCUCUGCUGGUUUGCCGACACAGUUGGCUCUCAUUUCAUCAUCGACUACGUGCCGAAUUCCUCCAAGUCGGUGAUCAUCCUCUCUGGCGACUCAGGGCACGGUUUCAAGAUGUUUCCCAUUGUAGGCUCAUGGGUUUUAGCCCUCCUUGGGCCACAAAAAACCCAGAGCAAUGAGCAAUGGAAAUGGAAGUCCUCGAAAGUUAAGGCGGGCAGUGGCUGGGGUGAUGUUGUGAGCUGGCGUGUUGGCACCACUACAGAGUACAAAGAUAUUAGGAGGUUUAAGGUAGAGUCAAAGCUAUAG